AUGCCAGGCGUGACGACUGACGAGACACCUUGGCCCGGCCUGCGCGGGAUGGUAAGGGAUGAAUAGCGGGAAACAUGACCUCACUUCUGUUUUUUUAGAGUUCCCAAUCCCAAACUCGUAGGCUAUAUAAGAGAUGAUGGAUCUCAGCCUCACUCAGAACAGAAUUGACACUGACCACUUUGGGAGUUGAGACACUGGAAUACUUCUCAUCACACAGACAGACUAGACAUGGGACUGCAUAGCGUUGAAGAGCUGGUAGGUUGUUUUUCGCAUGUGUGAUCGGGAUUCACUCUGCAUCAAUUAGGCACAUGGCCUAAUCCAUUAUUUCCUCUGGGUUUGGGCUAUCUAGAUGUUGUUGCUGACAGUAUUAUUCUCUGAUAGGUAGACAGGGCCAGCUCCAGGCAUAAGCGACAUAAGCCUUGCUUAGGGCCUCAGUCGGGCUCUCAAUUUACUGAUGAGAGUUAGAAUAGUAGAAUAUACAAGGUGCAAAUUCGAAAUUUGGUUGUGCAUCAGCAAUUUCUAUCUUGUUAUGCCAGUCACUGACAGUCACUCAAUUAGCCAUGUCAGCUAACAAUUUUUAGAUUGGUAAAUUAGUCUAGCCAGCUAUCUAAACUUGUAGUAAUCAUGGCUGAAUAGCAAUCGGGCACACAGGGCACAUACCCAGAGGCCCUGACCUCCAGGGGGCCCCCACAUAUAUUUUUUAGUCACUCUCACUAUGAUAUCAUUAACAUGGUAGAAAUCAUGGCAAAAUGUGUAGAAUUGCAGGAAAUUAGCAGUAAAAUUGCAAAGAAAUGAUAUCUGCCCCAUGGCAAAAUGAGUAGAAUCACAUGCUAUUUCUUAUAAACACUGGCUUUAAAACUGCAACAUUUUCUCUACACCCUAUGGCAAAAUGUGUAGAAUUGCAGGAAAUGUAAUUUAAAACUAAAAGGUUUCUCUCUGCUGUCAAUGUUUUGCCCGCAAGGUGGGGCGGCAGACUUGAUUUUCCCUCAUGAAAAAUGUAUCAACCCCUACAAAAAUGUCCAUUAAUUAUAAUCCACAUAAUAAUUCACAUUUUCUGUUGCUGCAGGAUUAUUUUUCUGCUGUAGCAAACUGGCUCAAAUUAAGAUCCAACAUCUAUCUGUACAUACAAUGAACAAAAAAUUAUGGUUUUCAUUUGGUCCAAAAUAAUCCAGGCUCUGUCGUAGCUGGCCGCGACCGGGAGACCCAUGGGGCGGCGCACAAUUGGCCCAGCGUCGUCCAGGGUAGGGGAGGGAAUGGCCGGCAGGGAUGUAGCUCAGUUGGUAGAGCAUGGCGUUUGCGGGUUCGAUUCCCACGGGGGGCCAGUAUGAAAAAUAAAAAUGUAUGCACUCACUAACUGUAAGUCGCUCUGGAUAAGAGCGUCUGCUAAAUGACAAAAAUGUAAAUGUAAAUGUAAUAAUCCAGCAGUUGGUAGCCUGCCCAGUCAUCAAAUAGGGUUCGCUUUGAUUAGUCUGUAAAUGAGUUGGACAUUAGACAGCACACACUUCUCUAUUAGCAACCCAAUACUUCCUUCUUUGGUCCUUGAUUAAGACAGAAACAUCUCACAAAGGGAAAGCUUUGGUGUGAAUGGCUACCUGUCCUCCAUUCUGCUUGUUCCUCUCUUGGAAUAGAAAGUACUGCUUAGGUGGAUGGUCAUCUCAUCUCCAAUCUGUUUUCUCUCCCAGGUCACUGGUAAGAGGUGUGAGGGAAAGGAGGCAGGCGAGCACCUAUCAGGGGCGUGUUCAGAGAGUGUGUACGAGGUAGCCGUCAACCAGGAGAAACAGGAUGGCCGGAGGUCACACAAAGACCUCAUCCCAGAGGAGAAUGACAACAGCACUCAGGAGGAGAUCACAGUUGUCAAUCUCAAUGUGAGUUUUUAGCACCUCAUAUGCUUAGUAUUCAAUUAGAAACACUGAACAUUCUACUUGCCUUCCAAAAUGUGGCCCAACCGUCUGUAUACCUUAUUCAUUUUCAGACCGACAAAUCAGGCCGGCUGAAGCUAGAGACUGUGGACGACCUUUUCAACAUCCUGAAACUGAGGAAGAGGAGGAGGGAGAGGAAGGUGCAGAACAAGAAAGAACCUGAGCCAGAGAUCAUUGUACGUCCCACCACUAUUCACUCUACACAAUCUCGUUCUCCUUCUUUUUAAACAAAAUAUUCCUCACCAUAUAAUCAAGAAGACAGAAUUCAAUACAGAAAGGCCAACAACAGAUUAAAACAAGUCAAACGGCGCCAAGCUAAUGCAAUAUGUCUCUUUUCGUUGUCACACAGCCCGACACAGUCGAUGAAGACACAUUCCUGAAAGCAGCUAUGGAAAAUAAACUGCCUGUAAUUGAGAAAUACCUGUCAGAUGGAGGUGACCCCAACGUCGGUGAUCAUGUGAGUAUCGCAUUAUGUUUCUCUUAUCAUGACACAUGGACAGUCAUCUAAGUCAGUCUUUUGACAUGCCAGAAGCUACAUUGAUUGAGAUACUAAAUCUUGAGUAACAGGAAGCCGAGGGCCAAUAUAGCCCUAGUCUCACGAUACCAUAGGACAAGUAACAGGCAGCCGAGGGCCAAUAUAGCCCUAGUCUCACGAUGCCAUUGGACAAUUAACAGGAAGCCGAGGGCCAAUAUAGCCCUAGUCUCACGAUACCAUAGGACACGUAACAGGCAGCCGAGGGCCAAUAUAGCCCUAGUCUCACGAUGCCAUAGGACAAGUAACAGGCAGCCGAGGGCCAAUAUAGCCCUAGUCUCACGAUGCCAUAGGACAAGUAACAGGAAGCCGAGGGCCAGUAUAGCCCUAGUCUCACGAUGCCAUAGGACAAGUAACAGGAAGCCGAGGGCCAAUAUAGCCCUAGUCUCACGAUGCCAUUUGACAAGUAACAGGAAGCCGAGGGCCAAUAUAGCCCUAGUCUCACGAUGCCAUUGGACAAUUAACAGGAAGCCGAGGGCCAAUAUAGCCCUAGUCUCACGAUACCAUAGGACACGUAACAGGCACCCGAGGGCCAAUAUAGCUCUAGUCUCACGAUGCCAUAGGACAAGUAACAGGCAGCCGAGGGCCAGUAUAGCCCUAGUCUCACGAUGCCAUAGGACAAUUAACAGGAAGCCGAGGGCCAAUAUAGCCCUAGUCUCACGAUACCAUAGGACACGUAACAGGCAGCCGAGGGCCAAUAUAGCCCUAGUCUCACGAUGCCAUAGGACAAGUAACAGGAAGCCGAGGGCCAAUAUAGCCCUAGUCUCACGAUGCCAUAGGACAAGUAACAGGCAGCCGAGGGCCAAUAUAGCCCUAGUCUCACGAUGCCAUAGGACAAGUAACAGGAAGCCGAGGGCCAAUAUAGCCCUAGUCUCACGAUGCCAUAGGACAAGUAACAGGAAGCCGAGGGCCAAUAUAGCCCUAGUCUCACGAUGCCAUUGGACAAGUAACAGGAAGCCGAGGGCCAGUAUAGCCCUAGUCUCACAAUGCCAUUUGACAAGUAACAGGAAGCCGAGGGCCAAUAUAGCCCUAGUCUCACGAUGCCAUAGGACAAGUAACAGGAAGGAGAGGGCCAAUAUAGCCCUAGUCUCACGAUGCCAUUUGACAAGUAACAGGAAGCCGAGGGCCAAUAUAGCCCUAGUCUCACGAUGCCAUUGGACAAGUAACAGGAAGCCGAGGGCCAAUAUAGCCCUAGUCUCACGAUGCCAUAGGACAAGUAACAGGAAGCCAAACAAAUCUCACUAAACUCUGUCUACCCUCCCUCUCUUUUACAGUUCCUAAGGACAGCGCUACACAAAGCCUCAUCCAAGGGCCAUGUGGAUAUUGUGAAGAGACUGCUGGAGGCUGGGGCUUCCAUUGAGAAGAAAGAUAGAGUAAGUUCUCUCCUUCUUUCUCUUUGUCACAAACUCAGACACUCACGCAGUCACGCAAGCGUGCAUGCACUCUUACUCACUCAUUCACUCACUCACUCAUCAGAGCUCUAAUUAUAUACAGUAUAUGGGAAAUGGUUCAGAAUGGAUGGGAACUGUCAUCAUCCUAACUCUGUUUGUUUUGCCCACUCCCUCCAGUUGGACGCUACAUCAGUACACUGGGCCUGCAGGGGAGGCAGCCUGACUACUCUGGAGCUGCUACUCAAUGAAGGAGGGAAGUUCAACUCCAGAGACAAGGUACAGCACUGAGACAGAGAGCCAUUAAACCCAAUUUGUGAUGCCCAACAUUAGAAACAUAUGGGGUUUUACUUGUCCCCCCUCUCUGUUUUCUCUCAGCUACGCAGCACUCCUCUCCAUGUGGCAGUGAGGACGGGACACAAUGAAUGUGCUGAGCACCUCAUCCACUGUGGAGCAGACGUCAAUGCUAAAGACCGAGUAAGACAUACAAACCCUAAUAUGACAAAUGCAAGCAUGGAACAAAUCACAGAGAGGCUUCGCAAACGCACCAUUUGUACUCCAUGCACUAUUGUAUAGUACGGUUGUGUAUUGCAUUGUUAAUAACUACUUUGUUUCUGUCCAGGAUGGAGACACACCCAUGCACGAUGCUGUGAGGAUAAACCGAUUCAAAAUGAUCAGGCUGCUGCUGAUGUAUGGAGCCAGUCUUAAAACUAAGAACAGCGUAAGUACUCCAUAAUCAUCCAACAUGUCUGUCCGCAUACAAUUUUGGCUCAUCUUUUCAUAUUAAUUCAGUAUAUUCCAGUUAGGUUGCUAUGAUUGUUACUGGCUAUUGUGUGAGCAUAGCGCCAUUUACAGUGCAUUUGAAUAUUGAUGUUUGAUACAGUAAGGUGAUCUAUUUUACAAAUGCUUAGUUAAUUUGAAUGUUUGUGUUUUUUUCCCAUGCAGGAAGGCAAGUCCCCUAGUGAGAAUCUUCUGGCAUGGCAGAGUGGUGCUAAAAACCUCCUGUGCAAUGUCAACAAUGAAAACUCUGUCAAAUAGAACAAUGACUCCUCAAGGUCUUGUGGAGAUCUAUGGCUAUUGAAAAUGUGAAAUCCAUCCAUUCAUUCAGAUUGUCAUUGAUAUCUGAUACUGAUAGAAUUAUUGAAUGCCAAUAUUGCUGGCCAAUGUUAGGGCUGUAGCUUCCAUGCAUUUUGAUGUUGUGUUGAAGUUGGCUAUUGAGAUUCUGGGGAGAUUUAUGUGAUCGUUGGUUAAUGAGCAAGACAAAUGCAAUGGCAUGAUACUGUGGGAUUUUACAAGGUGAUAUGUUACUGGAAAACUUACAGUACAACUGUAUGCUCAAAAGAGUUGCAGUACUACUGUAACUCAAAAGAGUUUUAACCAAAACUAGUUUUCUGGUUACAUUCACCUCUUUCAGUCUAAACACACAGACAGAAGUGAUAGUAGUGAGCCGGAAUGGAAAGUUGUUGUUGGUUAAGAGAAUGUUUUAAACAGGAAAUCAUUUGAGUGAUAUUUUUGAUGUUUGUUUUUAGAAGAGACUAGAAUGCAAAGUGUCAAGAGACCUCACUGAGUUUAGUAUUUAUUGUAAAGUUAAUCUGUACAUUAUGCUUGUUAGUUAUUGUUUGUUUAAGUCAAUAAACCAAUCUGAUAUUUAAAAAUACUUUUUUUGUGAUCCAUUGUAAAUGUUUUGGUUAGAUGAGUCUCUGUGAACAAACAGUGUAGCCUAUAGCUUCAAAAUAUUAAACUGGGUGGUUCUUGCAUUCAAAAUUCCUCUGAAUUUAAGAUUGGAUCGGUUUACCUUGGCUUUCUCCAGCCCCAUCCCUCAGCUUUAUAGCAAAUCAACUGAAGGGGCUGCUGUUUGGCUGACAAAUUCAGGAUUGUGACUUUAAAACCAGAAAAAGAAAUAUCUGUGUUGAGGCAGAGAUCAAAGUAAAUCAUAGGAAUGUGGGCAUAUGGAUAAUAUCCAAGGCAGAGUACAAGAGGAACCAGGAGAUGAGAAAGUUUGCAGACGAC